UCUGAAGUUAUGGAUUAACUAAGUUCCAGCAGAGCUCAUGGAGGAAGAACAGAUCACACUGAUUCCCACUGAAUAAAGCAGUGACUCCUGCUGCAGGAUGUGGAAGCUCCUCACUGUGGGGCUGCUGCUGGCUGCCUGCACUUCCUGGAGCUGCUGCACCUCAAUAUUUUACAGCAGUAGAGACGCAAACCAAGUGCUGAGAAUCCAGAAGCGGUCAAACACUUUCCUGGAGGAGCUCAAGUCAGGCUCUCUGGAGCGUGAGUGUGUUGAAGAGGUCUGUGACUUUGAGGAGGCCAGUGAGAUAUUUGAAACCAAGGAAGCAACACUAGAAUUUUGGAGCAAGUAUGUAGAUGGAGAUCAGUGUGAGCAACAUCCUUGUUCCAACGGGAUCUGCAAGGACAGUAUUGGAAAAUUUUCCUGCAUCUGUAACAAAGGCUGGGAGGGGGUUUUGUGCAAUUAUGAGGUCAAAUACAGCAACUGUUCCAUGGAUAAUGGGGGCUGUGAACAUUUCUGCAGGGAGGACCCUGCUGAGCAGCAUCGCUUGUGCAGCUGUGCAUCGGGGUAUCAGCUCAAGGAUGACCACACCACGUGUGAGCCUGUAGUGGAGUUCCCCUGUGGAAGAGUGAAGUUGGACUACAUUGAAGGCAAAGCAGAUUUCAAUAUUCGGCUCAUUGAUGGAACAGCUGGAAGAAGGGGAGGCAGCCCUUGGCAGAUUAUGCUGCAAAAUACCAAAGGGACGUUUCUGUGUGGGGGUGUUCUCAUCCAUCCAGCUUGGGUCCUAACAGCAGCACACUGCCUUGAGGAAAACAAGGGGUUCAGAGUUAAACUUGGUAAAUUCCGCUUCCGUCCUGAGGCAGAUGAGCAAACCAUUUGGAUUGAUAAAUGGGUGACCCAUGAAAAUUACACCAAGAAGACCUCAGAUAAUGACAUAGCCAUGCUGCACUUGGCUGAGCAUGUGAUGUAUUACAAAUACGCGCUCCCAAUCUGCCUUCCCACCCGCAACCUGGCAGAGCAGGAGCUGAUGAGGAGUGGGAAGCAGGUGGUGGUGACGGGCUGGGGCAGCGUGAGCGAGGAUAACCAGAGCUACGCUGCUCUCCUCAGGUACAUCGAAAUCCCCAUCGUGCCCCACAACGAGUGUGCCCAGGCCAUGAGCUCCCAUAUCUCUGACAACAUGCUGUGUGCUGGGAGCCUGGGAGACAGGAAGGAUUCCUGCCGUGGCGACAGCGGAGGCCCUAUGUUCGCUAGAUAUAAGGAUACUUGGUUUUUGGUAGGGCUGGUGAGCUGGGGUGAAGGCUGUGGAAGAAAGGAGAAAUUUGGAGUCUACACCAAAGUUAGUCAGUACCUUGAGUGGAUCCAGCACCACAUAGAUACAUCAGCUCCUUUGAAGGGUUGAUUCUGAUCCAGAGUCUGGGAUGUUGUGACUCUGUGCUAGUGACAGUAUGCAUUAAAAUGUACUGUUAGAUCUUCAGUAUUAAAUAUUGAGUAUGUGCUAA